AUGGCCUUUCGGGUUUUCCUUUUUUUGUCUCUUUUCUUUCUCUUCUCAUUCCCCAGCAUCUCUCGUGCAUCCCUUCGAGUUCCAACGUGGUCGGGCGAAAAUAAAACUGAUGGAUCGGUUCUUCAAUUGAAGAAAGCUGCUACUUUUGCUGGUUUUAAUCCCAGACGAGUUACCCAACUGUCUUGGAAUCCCAGGGCUUUCUUAUCUGAGGGAUUUCUGUCAGAGGAGGAGUGUGACCACCUCAUUAAUCUGGCGAGAUAUAAGCUGGAGAAAUCGAUGGUGGCGGAUAAUGAGUCGGGUAAGAGUAUUAUGAACGAAGUUCGGACGAGCUCCGGCAUGUUUCUUCGUAAAGAACAGGAUGAAAUUGUGAAGAGCAUUGAGGCAAGGAUUGCUGCUUGGAGCUUCCUUCCUCCAGAAAAUGGGGAGUCAAUGCAGAUACUGCAUUAUGAAAAUGGCGAAAAGUAUGAAGCACAUUUUGAUUAUUUUCAUGACAAGGCCAAUCAGGAACUCGGAGGCCACCGAGUUGCGACAGUACUUAUGUACUUGUCUAAUGUUGAGAAGGGUGGGGAGACUAUAUUCCCCAACUCAGAGGCUAAAAGGGCUCAACCAAAGGAUGAUUCCUGGUCUGACUGUGCCAAAAAUGGCUAUGCAGUGAAACCCAAGAAGGGCGACGCAUUGCUGUUCUUCAACCUUCAUACUGAUGCAACAACUGAUCAAAGCAGCUUGCAUGGGAGCUGCCCUGUCAUUAAAGGGGAGAAGUGGUCUGCGACAAAGUGGAUUCAUGUGAGGUCCUUUGAUAGACCAAAGCACUCAAGAAGUGGAGAAUGUGUUGAUGAGAAUGAGAAUUGCUCCCAAUGGGCUGCAACUGGGGAGUGUGAAAAGAACCCUCAUUAUAUGGUGGGCUCUGAAAAGUCCUAUGGAUUUUGUAGGAGGAGUUGCAAGGUUUGCUAAGUCGCAGGUCUAAAUUCACCCAAGAGUUCUGUAUGAUGAGUAGGGAUUACUUCCUUAGUUGUAUAUAACAUUGAUCGUGAGGACCUGACAGAUUAAACUUUUGAAUCACGAGAGCUCUCUGUGCCUUUGAGAACGUAGUCCAUGAAAGAAGUGCUUACUGGAAUAAAAAUACAAAGAGGUUCUGAUGAA